AGACAUUUGUCAUUCGAGAACGAACGUCACACGCCAUGAGCUUGCAAGCCCUGGUCGCCUUGACUCUAUCUCUAGUUUUGGCCGUGACCGGCUCGGACUGCGAGGAUGCCUGGCUGGUUCAGGCACGCACUCGAGCUCGGAGCCCUCGAGAUUUGGCCGUAGUGGAGCCACCCGCACCCAUGCCUUGGGGCCACUUGGAACUGCAGUUUCUGAGCGCCAUUCCCGUGUUUGGAAACGGGACCAACUACAUUGCACUGCUUCAUGACUACAACGAAAGUCUUUGGCACUACGCCAACGAAAACCAGCUAUUCUGCGCUUCUGCAGACGGAAGCCACAAGGCUGCGUUUAAGCUGUGGCGCGCUGAGACCGUCAUGAUAUCGCAGAUGAUCAUGGCCUUCCACUGCCCUUGGCCACAAGAAGCAGCAGAUGGCGCCUAUCACCUCAUAGUGCAAAGCAAUGAAGGCGUGCUUGGGGAGGUCCGGACAAGGCAGGCCCCAAACCUUCUCGGCCGCCACGAAACCAUCGCUUGCAUUAACGUGGCUUGGAAUACCCCCGGCAUGAAGCCGACCAGCACCAGAGCGCCCCAGUGGUUGGAGUACAAUUUGAUGCAUGGCGUUGGCCACUUCUUGUUGUACACUCAAGACGGCAUGGACCAAGAGUUUCUCCAGGUGUACCGACCAUAUUUGCAGGAAGGUCUUGCGACCCGCAUCCACAUCACUCCCGUCAAAACCCAGUUCAACACUUCUCGUGGCAUGCACUACUCCACCCACAAUUGGGUGGCCAAUGACUGCCUGUAUCGGGCCAAGCAUCAUGCCCGCUGGCUGAUGCCAACCAUCGACUUGGAUGAGUACUUGGUCCUCAAAGAGAGCGCCCCGCCGGCGUGGCAUGGACCGCACUUCAUGGCCAAGCUGUGGGACCAAGUGGCCGCGAAUGUGUCGAAGACACGCGACGAGGUCCACGCCGUGAUGCUUUCCCGCUACAACUUCUUAAUUUCCCCGGCCCCGGAGCUGGAAGUCACGUCCACGCUGCGGCAGCGUGAGGUCGCGCCUCUGUGUCCGAAAUACGUGCUGAACCCCGAUGCGAUCAAUUUAGCCUUUGUUCACUGGCCUACAAACUGGGCGGAAGGGACAGUCUCGCUUGUGCUUCCGAAAGACCUGGCCUCCCUGAAUCACUACAGAUUUAGCGAGGAGAAGUACCUUGGCGAAGAAAUGCGGGAUGAGACCUUGGUCCCAGAGGCGCCUGCCAUAGCCAAUGCCCUCAGAGCUCGCUUCAGGAAGCCCUGGGAGGAGCUGGUGCUUGAGCUCACGCCCACGGCGGAUCCGCCAGCUCAUGUUCCAGAUGUUGAUGUUCCACAGAAGGUUAAUUACUCGGCCAGGGCUUGGACAUGUUUUAAUGCAGUGCGCGACGCAUCCAAGGUUGAGAUCGUCCACCUCCGGGGCGGUCUCACCGAUCCAUGACACAUGUUAGUCAGUUCAUUGGCAUCGCGAGUGGCGCUGGACUAAAGUGAGCA